AUGAUGCAACGAGUUUUCGCCUUCCUUAUGCUUUUGGCUACCGCCAGUGCCUUCGCACCCCAGACUGCUAUGGUCGCAAAGGCAUCCACAACUGCCUUGAGCGCCGCCAGUAACGGAGGCUUCAUGGCCGCUGUUGCCGGAGCUGUCCCUGCCAUCAUGACCUCCUCAGCGGCCCUUGCCACAGAGGGAACUGCCGAAUGGUUCGGAGUUGACGACACCAAGCUGUUGGCUGUCCUUUUCGUUGUCCACUGGGCUAUUCUUUCCCUUUGGUUGGCUGAAUACGGAAACUUGACUGACACUGAGAACGAUUUCUUCGGGGAAAUUGACUACACCAAGAAAUAA